AUGAUGGAAUACUGCCCUCCAAAUGUUACAUUGGGGGAAAUAUGGGUGGACCAUGGAAUUUCCCAGUGUUUUAUGGAAACGGUUUCUGCAGCAAAUGGUGGAUUUCUACUAGUUUUUGGCUUAGUACAAGUCAUAAUGUACAAUAGAUAUGCGACGGAGGUGGUGGAUGUGCGAUCCUCAAGACUAUUUUGUGUACAGAUUCUUUUUACGCUGUUCGUUCCGGUGUUAGCUGUAGCAAGGUUUCUAUUACAAGCGUUUGUGUUUAAAGGAGGACAGAUAUAUGGAUAUAUGAUCCUAGCAUUAGUGAUAACAGUAGUAAUGUUCCCACUAUCAGCCUACUUGGCUGUCUUAGAAAGGCGGUUUCUCCUGCCGUCCGUACCACCAAGAGGCCAUGGGUUUGUGCUACUAGUCUUCUGGGCGCUGAUCUUCGUGUCUGAAAACCUGUCCUUCCUGAAUUUGAAUAAGGAAGGCUGGUGGUGGCAUUUGAAAAAUCUGCAAGACCGCCUGGAGAUGUCUCUAUUCGUGGGCCGAUACGUCUCGUGCAUGAUCAUGUUCAUUCUCGGAAUGAAGGCGCCCGGUAUCAUGCACCAGUUUGAGCAUCUUGCUGAAGACGACCAAAGAAGACUCAUCCCUCCUAGGGUUGAGAACCAGUCUACAUUCCGAAAUGUAUUCAGCAAACUACGCACGCUCCUACCUUACUUGUGGCCGAAGAAGAGUUGCCUGUUGCAAUUCAAUGUGUUUGUCUGCGUGCUUCUACUCAUCUCUGGGCGUGUGGUCAAUCUGUAUGUGCCUAUUUACAGUAAAUAUAUAGUGGAUAGUUUAUCAAUACCGCCGAUCCUAUACCGAUGGGACCUAGUGCUCAUCUACGUGUUCUUCAAGUUCUUGCAAGGCGGAGGCACUGGUGGUAUGGGCUUCAUCAAUAACCUGAGGACAUUCUUGUGGAUCCGGGUGCAACAGUACACCACUAGGGAGUUACAGUUGGAGCUAUUCAGGCACCUCCACAGCCUACCGCUCCGCUGGCAUUUGUCCCGCAAGACCGGCGAAGUACUACGUGUCAUGGACCGAGGCACGGAUUCCAUAGACAACCUGCUUUCAUACAUCCUGUUUCAAAUCACACCGACUAUAGUGGAUAUAGUUAUCGCUAUCGUGUAUUUUGUCACGAUAUUUAAUGCCUGGUUCGGACUUAUCGUGUUUGUGACGAUGGCUCUUUAUAUUUUUGCAACAAUAUGGGUAACGGAAUGGCGGACAAAGUACCAGCGUCGGAUGAAUCUCGCCGACAACGAACAGAAAGCCAAGUCGGUCGACUCUCUAUUAAAUUACGAAACUGUCAAGUACUAUGGCGCGGAGUCCUAUGAAGUCAUGAGUUAUAGGGACGCUAUUCUAAAUUAUCAGAAAGAAGAAUUCAGAAAUUUAUUGACAUUGAACAUCUUGAAUACGGUGCAAAACAUCAUCAUUAGCGGAGGUCUGCUCACUGGCUCACUAUUAUGCAUAUCCAUGGUGGUGAAUACUAAAGUACUGACUGUCGGUGACUACGUGCUAUUUGCUUCCUACAUCAUCCAGCUGUAUAUUCCACUCAACUGGUUCGGUACUUAUUACAGAGCAAUUCAAAAGAACUUCGUAGAUAUGGAGAACAUGUUCGAUCUCCUUCGAGUGGAUUCAGACGUAGUAGACGCACCGGGAGCUCCGGAACUACUAGUACGGCGAGGUGGCGUCGAGUUCAAACAUGUUUCGUUCGGAUACGGGCCGGAGAGACUCGUGUUGAAGAAUGUAACGUUCAAGGUCGCUCCUGGCAGCACUGUGGCCUUGGUGGGCCCCAGCGGCGCCGGCAAAUCAACAGUGAUGCGUCUCCUAUUCCGUUUCUACGACGUCAACGAAGGCGCCGUACUUGUAGACGGACAGGACGUACGAACAGUAACGCAGGCGUCACUACGUGCUAAUAUCGGCGUGGUGCCACAGGACACCGUGCUGUUCAACAACACAGUCCGAUACAACAUCCAAUAUGGAAACCUAAAAGCUCCUUCAGCAGAUGUCAUUUCUGCAGCCAAGAACGCUGAUAUCCAUGAUAAGAUACUCACGUUCCCAGAUGCAUAUGAUACGCAGGUUGGAGAGAGAGGUCUAAGACUUAGUGGAGGAGAGAAGCAAAGGAUAGCUAUAGCUAGGACAAUAUUGAAGGAUCCGGCAAUCGUUCUAUUGGACGAAGCCACGUCCGCACUCGACACUAAUACUGAGAGGAAUAUUCAAGCGGCGCUAGCGCGAGUGUGCGCGAACAGAACGACUCUCAUCAUCGCCCACAGAUUAUCUACCAUCAUCCACGCGGAUGAGAUCCUAGUCCUCAAGGAUGGAGAAAUCAUUGAGAGAGGAAACCACGAAGCCCUCCUAGCACAAGGCGGCACAUAUGCCUCCAUGUGGCAAGCUCAGCUCGAAAACAGAAAUACAAACGGCAACGGGGUCCAAGAAGAAGACAAUAACAACGACCGACCGCAGCCGCCGCCAACCUUUGGACACGGCCAUGGCCAUAUGUAGAUGAGUAACACCAGCGGGCGUAGCACACUAGUUUGAUCAACUUUAUCGCAUCGGUGCGUCUUAUCGCACUUACAAACAGUGCGGAAAGGACGGCCUGACGUUAAAUGGUUUAUCACGCGGCCAUGCUUGCCUGCUAGGGGCCGCUCAAUCCGCGCGGCCCAUACAGUUCGACGAUCUUCACGCUGUGCGUUAGAACUCUAUCUCGGCUGCUCGCCUGCUGUCUGUUGAGUGAGUUAACAGUGAGCCUUCUAUACUUGUACUAUAAUUAUACCUAUCAAUAGACUUUAGGUCGUUGUAAUGAGGUAUCUGCCAUUCAACGGUGCAGGCAAUCUAAUUAAUUCGAUAUAUUUUAGCCUUGAUUAUGAUCGACCAAAAUAAACUACUUUUUUGGUCUGUAAAAAAGGGAAGGCGGUGAGCUCAGUUUAGCGCAUAUGAACAAAUACCUAAAGUUAGGUAAUGGUUUUUGUUUAAGAUUAAAUUAGUCAAAUUCUUAACAGGAAAUAAAAUAUGUAUAGUAAUACAUUUUUAAAAUGGGUUUUAUCAGUAGAUAAACGGAAAAAUAUACAGUAUGUAAACUAACGAAAACCAUUUACUGUAACCCGUAACUGUCCAGGUGAUACUGAGAAACUUUUACUAUGGGAUCAACCCCGAAAUCACGAAAAUAUCUUG